AAGCCAGCAAUGGAGGGGGCAGAGAGCCGGGGCUCUCGGGCCGCGGGGGAAAGAACUGGGAGCUAACUGGGCGCGCGGAAGGGGCGGACCCGGGACCGGCAGAAAGCCCGGGAGGGCGCAGAGGGUUCCAGGGCCCCACUGACCGCUCGCUGACUCCCUGGACUCGCUGCACGUUGGAGAAGAGGGUGUGGUGGUCCCGGGGGGUGAGCGUGUCCCGCAGCGCGCGGCUCAGCACGAAGGUGUCGGUCAGCAGCCGCAAGGAGCGCAGCUCUCUCUGUGCCCUGUUCUGGUCAUCAGCUCCACCACACACGCAGCCGCCUGAGCCCCAAACCUGGAAGAAUGAUCUCCCACAACACAGUUCCCAGGUGUCUGCAGCUUCUCCAGGGACCACACUUUGACAACCACUGGUGUAAUCUCAAGGAAUAAUAUGAGGAACUCUCAUCCCAACCAGCAGAGGAGGCUCUCAGAUGUUAAGCAACCUGCCCAAGGCCCUCCAGCUGGUAAGUGGGAAGAACCGAAGUGGAACUCGGGAGACGCGCUGAGCUCAAGUCUGGUGGCUGCCUCUCACACAGCUCCUGCCUCCCAAAGUCCAGCUAACCCUCUUGGCACUUGACUCUGGCAUUUUUUACUCCAAACUCCUACCUCCUGCAAGCUGGACUACUGAGACAGAUCCUUCCCUUGGCCUCCGACCCCCUUCCUGAGGCUCAUUUUGACUUUCUUACUCCUGGGCCAGUUCCCAUCUCCUUUACCCCACCAUGGACUUCUUGCUGAGCGGCCUGGCAGCCUGCGGCGCCUGUGUGUUCACCAACCCCCUGGAGGUGGUGAAGACCAGGAUGCAGUUGCAAGGGGAGCUGCAGGUUCGCGGCACCUAUCAGCGGCACUACCGAAACGUCUUCCAUGCCUUUUUCACCAUUGGCAAGGUGGAUGGCCUGGCCGCCCUGCAGAAGGGCCUGGCCCCUGCCCUAGUAUACCAGUUCUUGAUGAAUGGCAUCCGACUGGGCACCUACGGGCUGGCCGAAGCUGGAGGCUACUUGCACACCGCCGAAGGCACCCACAGCCCUGCACGCAGUGCAGCAGCUGGGGCCAUGGCUGGGGUCCUGGGAGCCUACUUGGGGAGCCCCAUCUACAUGGUGAAGACACACCUACAGGCACAGGCGGCCACAGAAAUUGCCGUGGGGCACCAGUAUAAGCAUCAGGGCAUGUUUCAGGCGCUAACCCAGAUUGGCCAGAAACAUGGCCUGGUGGGGUUGUGGCGUGGGGCCACGGGUGCCCUGCCCCGAGUUGCCGUCGGAUCCUCCGCCCAGCUCUGCACCUUCGCAUCCACCAAGGACCUCAUAACUCAGUGGGAGGUGUUUCCUCCCCAGAGCUGGAAGGUAGCUCUGGCAGCAGCUAUGGUGAGUGGCAUUGUGGUGGUGCUAGCUAUGACACCCUUUGAUGUGGUCAGCACAAGACUCUACAAUCAGCCCACAGACGGUCAGGGCAAGGGCCUCAUGUACCGGGGUUUGCUGGAUGCUCUGCUGCAGACAGCUCGGACGGAGGGCAUUGUCGGCAUGUACAAGGGUUUAGGUGCUUCCUACUUUCGUCUCGGCCCCCACACCAUCCUCUCCCUCUUCUUCUGGGACCAGCUGCGCCUCCUCUACUACAAGGACACCAAAUAACAGCCACUCCCGCCCCCCUCCACUCCACCAAACCAGCAUUCCUUGGACACUUCUGCCUCCACUUCCAGGUUGGGGUGACUUGUGACCAGGUGACCUUUCAUCCAUCCCUAGGGGAAAGCCAACCCCACCCCACUCCCUGUCUGUUCUCUCAGGGUUGAAUCCCUAUAAGGGAUAGUUUCCCUCCCUGCUUCCUUAGGUGUGGCUGUCAACCUCCUGUCCCCACACUCCUGUACACUUUAUACCCCUCAGUCAGGGCUGGACCAAUCACUCCACAGUGUAUUUCCCCCUUCCCGCCACUGCUGGCCGUGGGUCUCUCCUGCUCCCAUGCACAGUUUAAAAAUUCCCCCCUCCAAUACCAAAGGGAAUUGGGGGGACCCAGGUGUCCUGUUAGGUGUAAAGGCACAGAGAUUAUAUUGGUUAUAAAGCAAGUUUAUUUCUGCAGAGAGGAGGUGUCUUAUGUUUAUGCAUAGGGAAGGAAGAGGGGAGACCCAGGCAUCCAAUCCCUUGUUCUCCUCCACAACUGGGCCUCUCAGUCCUGAGUAGCAUUGUGCGGUGCUUCAGUGUUUUUACUGGGGACCAAAGAUGUUGGGAUCAUGAAGGGUCAGACUGGUCAC